AUGGAUGUUAUUAAGAAGAAUAAAAAAGAAGAUUAUGCAAAUACUCUUUGUACAUUAUCUUAUAAUAAUGAACGAAAAAUUUUAUAUGUACCUCAUAAUAAACAAGAAUUGAUAGCAAAAAUUCUUCGUUUAGAAAAUCGAACUAAAUUUAUUAAUAUCACUGCUGAUGAACUUGAUGAUGGUACAAGUAGUAAUGUAAGUGGAAUUGGACAAAAUCGUCGACAAGCUGGAAUGUGGGUAACUGAUGCUAUUCAUAUGCCUGAUACACAUAAAUUGGUAUUUGCAUCCACUAGUCCAGAUUUACGAUUUUUGACUAUUUCAAGUGAAACAUUUCUUGAAGAAUUCAUGUUAUUUCGUAUUAAAAAUGUCCCUACUUGUCUUGAAUAUUUUAUCCAAAUACUACGUACAUUAGGUGGUAAAACACCAAAUUUUGGUCUAUUUCCAAUUGAUUUAUAUCUAAAUAAAUCAACUAAUAACGCUGAUAAAAGUUUACCCCGUGGUUUAUCUUUAGCAUGUAAUGAUUAUUUAUGUAUAAUGAAAUUAGGACAAGAUACAUCUAGAAACGAUGGUAGUUUAACUGAAACACAUACAGCAUCGUUAAUAACAUGUGCAGAUAAUUCAAGUAUGGGUGCAUGGAAUAUUGAAUCAGGACGUAAAGCUUAUUUUAUAUUUGAUGCACAUGAUGGAGCUCGAAACGGUGAUGUUAAAAUUUGGAAUAGUGCUAAUGGACAAAACUUUCAUGUAUUAGCAAGUGUAGAAGAUGCAGAAAUAACAGGAAUUGUUUUUGCUGAUAAAGGUAUUAUUACAGUUGGGUGGCUUAGAAAAAUUGUUAUAUAUUCUGAUAUUGUUUCUGAGCUUGUUGUACCUAAAGCUGAUUUAUCAUCGCAUGGUUCACAGAUACAUCGUGAUGAUAUAUCAUGUUUAGAACAUCUAUUGACAAUUAGUAAUUUAAUGUAUACACCUUCAUAUGAUGAUGAAAUUAAUGUAUGGAGUAUUGAUACAGAAAAAUUAGUUAUAAGUCGUCGUGAACCAUCAAAUUAUAGUCGAUCAUCGUCACAUCGUUCAAUAAUACAAGGUCCAGCACCUCUUGAUAAACUUCUCUUUCUUCGAUAUUCUGCUAAAGAAAAUAUAAAAUAUGGAGAUGGUAGUUUUAUAUUAACUAGAUCAACUGAUCAUACAGCACGUUUAUGGACAAUAAAUGGAGAAGAAAUUGGAAUAUUUGGACAAAGACAAGAACGGAAUACUGAAUUAUUACUUUCAUCAAAAGGAACAAAAUAG